AUGGAAACGGAACAGUAUCACCCGGGCACCGGCUUCGCCGAGCACAUCCAAACCAGCACAUACUGGCUGCGGUCACUAUCGAUAACGAUGGGCGUUUGGCCGGCCGGCCAGGUGUCGAUUCGAGCUCGCUGCUACAGGGCGCUCUACUACUUUAUGCUGGGGAUGCACUGGUUCAACACUUAUCUGCAGACAGAGUUCUUCUUCCGCAAUCUCGGUAAUCUAACUUUGGUCGUUCAGGGACUGUGCUCUUUCGUGAGCAUCUCCACCACCGGCUUCAAGCUUAUGAGGCUCCACGCGUACGAGGAUGAACUUUGGCGAAUCUGGCAGACCUUGGAGGAGUCUGUGCUCAUCCGAGAGCUACGAUUUCUUCGCAAAGGAAAUACUGGAAGACUGUUCGGGGAGAUGGACCAAAUCGUUGCCCGCCAGUGGAAGGAAGUUCAGCUGAACCUGCGCUUCUAUACGCUUGUCGUCGGCGCUGUGGCGUCCAUGUACUCGAUUAUCCCGUUGGGCAGCAAUCUCUAUCACAUGGUGCAGGGCCACGAGUUUAAUCGUAGCUUCGUUUACAAUACCUACUACCCGCAUCUGGAUUCGAUAAAACGACGAUCGCCGCUCUAUGAGCUGCUGUUUUGUUCGGAGUCUCUGUCCGGCUACACCACGUUCGCCGGUGUGAUUGCCUUUGACGCCCUGUACGUAGUACUUGUCCUUUACGCGUCCUCACUGGUGCGCCUGCUAAACAUAGCGGUCCAGGAAACGACCAACCCCAACUUUACCGAUCAGGAGCGGGCCUUUUUCCUUCGCGAAUGUCUGCUGCAUCAUAUCCGGGUAAAAAGGUUGGUUGAACAAAUCAACGAAGUAUUCUCUCCGAUUCUGCUGGUACAGCUCUUCACCAGCACCUCCAUUAUCUGCGUUAUUGCGUUUGCGGCCAGCUUCAAUGCGGGCCAAGGCGAAUCGGAGAAGAUGCUUAUGGUGCUGUACCUGAUAGCCGCCAUCUAUCAGCUGUUCCAGUUCUGUUGGUACGGCCAGCGGCUCCAGAACGAGAGCUUCGAUCUUCCGUUGGCGAUCUACAACGCUCACUGGGAACUGUGUGCACAAGAGUUCAAAAGCUCCUACCACAUUCUGCUGCUGUACAGCCAGCGCCAGAUCGACAUCUGUGCGUGGAGCUUUUCCGCCAUGUCACUGGAAACGUUUUCUACGAUAAUUAGAAGUGCCGCCUCCUACUUCACCGUUCUGCAAACGCUGGCCGAGGAGUAG